AUGGAUAGCACUGCAACACCAAGCACACCGGGAAUUGUGAUCCCUGUUACUUCGUCCACUGUCCAUGCUGCUCACCCUUCGUCAAACAUGGCUCCUAUUUCAUCGCCUUUAAUCCCAGACCAGGCAAGCUCCCAGGCUUACAACACGGAGGGGUCUAUCUCGUAUAUGCCAAAGUCAUCCUCCACAUACAUGCCGUCGUUCCCGCCAAAGACUAGCGAUAUGGAAUCUUCGACUCCUGUUGCAGCAACGUCUAUCCCAGAUAACAGUAUCUCACGACACCGUGUACCAAUAUACACGAGCACUGGCUCCCCUCAGUCCACGCUAGGUGGUGUUGUAGGCACCCUUGGAGUGGACGUCGCAAGCUCAUACGUGGAUCCGGCUCAAUCGACCACUGCUUCUCCAGUGGCUUCUGCUUCUCCAGUGGACUCAGCAUCGAUGCUAUCUCUCACCACCCCCACUACAACUGUCUCGUCAGCUGCGCAUACCACUUCUAUUAGUCCACUGGCUGCACAGACGGCAAGUCCAACCGUCGGAAUUGUUGUCCCCAUCUCAGAUACUGUCCCCGGUGUCAGUUCCAGCGAGGCCCUUUCCUCAACAGUGCCUUCUACAACAGCUCAAUCCAGCAAGUUCAUAGAAGCAGCACCAUUGGCAGCAGAGACGCAAUCUUCAUUUAAAGCAGCCGCGACUUCGACAACCUCCGAUUCCAUGGCAGUCGUCACAAAGCCGGUAAUUGUGUAUGUCUCGGAGGGUGCUACAUCUGCUUUCUCCACGUCUACCCUCAUGCCAACAAGUUCCACGCCAGGGGUUGAGACAACUCACACACAAGCUAGCAUGGCACAGCCAUCGGAGAUUGCGCCUACCCCAACCGAACCAGAGAUAACACAGACGGCAACAUACACGAUCCAUGCCACAGAGACGCGCAGCCUCACUGUGACGCAACCCGGCCCAACAGUGACAGUCACAGCUGAGCCACGCACGACGCAGGCCGCGGACACAACCCACAACGGCGCGACAACGGACACCUCGGACGAUAAGUCCGGUCUGUUGACCGUCAUCCCGAUCACGCCGUCCUCUGGUGUCAUAUUUGUCACCAAAUCCGAGACUGUGACGUCCUGGAAGGAGACCAAGACGGUAACUGUAACUUCGUGGAAAGAAACGACCAAAACGGACACAAAAACAGUGACGGCGACUACGACUGUGAUCCGGCCGCAGCUUGUUACUUAG